AUGGAGGCGGCCCUGGCGGAAGUGGAGGCCCAGGAGGCGCAGGAGGAGGCCGCGGAAGUGCAGCCAGCCGAGGGCUUCAAGGCCGGGAAGACUCAGAAAGCCCAGAACGCAGGGAAGGCGAAGGAGAAACAGCCCAUGGAGAAAAAGGUGUUUCGGAACAUCUUGCCAACCACCCUGAUCAACGUCCACCCUUUCCGAGAUCUGCGACAAGCCUGGACCAAGGGCAAUGCCUUAAGGUCUCUUUCCACGACGCUGCGAGAACGUGACGAAAAUUUGGAGGGGCCCUGCGCCUUGGGUUGUAUAGUUAGCCUCUGUUGUCAGCGUUUUAACAACAUCGGCUGCUUCAUGAUUUUCUACUGCAUCCUGCUCCUCUCUCAAGGUAUCAUAUUUGGUCUUGUAGAUCUGAGCAUAGAUCAUUUUCAGAAGGACUAUCAUCUGAAAGCCAUUGAGAGUUUACUGAUAUCAUUGACCUAUGAUAUUUCAUCUUGUCUGGUAGCAAUAUUUAUAGCAUACUAUGGAGGGAGAGGAAACAGACCAAGAUGGAUUGCAGUUUCCUCCAUUUUAAUAGGAAUGGGAUCACUUUUAUUUUCUUAUCCAUACAUUACUGGGGGAGAUUAUCAACUGAAGACAGAAAUUGAAGAUAUCUGCCAAGCAACGAAGGUUAUAAGUACUUGCCAGGAUGCCCUACCAUCAUUCCAAUCAAAAUAUACAUCAUUCUUCGUCUUUGGGCAGAUCGUGCAGGGAAUAGCAGGAAUACCUCUUUAUAUCCUUGGAAUAACCUUUGUUGAUGACAGCGUUGACAGAUACUCAUCUGGUACCUAUCUAGGCCUUGGAGAAGCUUCGACAAUGACCGGAUAUGCUUUGGGCAUUGCAAUAGGAGCACCACAAGUUCAGGCCUCUGUGAACAGUACUUCCUUAAACAAAGCUAAACUUAGAGAAGAUAGUACACAUUGGCUGUGGACUUGGUGGAUUGAUUUUCUUCUUGCUGGUUUUAUUGCAUGGACUACAUUAAUACCAUUGUCAUGCUUUCCACAUAAUAUGCCAGGUACAGCAAAGUUAAAAGCUGAAAAACGUAAUCAGCCUAACUGGCCUGAUACUAGACUUGAGCAUCUGGAAUUUGGAACUAGUAUCAAGGAUUUGCAUUCAGCUGUGUGGAUUCUGAUGAAGAAUCAAGUGUUUGUGUGCCUGGCUCUGUCCAGAGCUACCGAGUAUUUACUUAUUAUUGGAGUUUCUGAAUUUUUGCCUAAAUAUAUUGAAAAUCAGUAUGAAUUAACACCCACAGUGGCAACUACACUUGCAGGACUUGUUUUACUUCCAGGAGGUGCAAUUGGCCAGUUACUGGGAGGUGUCAUUAUUUCCAAGUUAGAGAUGUCUUGUAAAGCCAUUAUGAGAUUUGUAAUGGCUACAUCUGCUAUAACACUUAUACUACUUGUGUUUAUAGUUUUUGUACGCUGUGAAACAGUGCAGCUUGCUGGAAUCACUGAAAAUUAUGACGGCACAGGGCAGUUGGGAAACCUGACAGCUCCUUGUAAUUCUCAGUGUGAAUGCUCAUCUUCAUUUUAUUCUAGUAUAUGUGGAAGAGACAAUGUUGAAUAUUUCUCUCCCUGCUUUGCAGGCUGUACAGAUGCAAAAAUAUUUGACUCUGAAAGGCUCUACUACAAUUGUGCUUGCAUUACAAAAGGAUUAUCAACUCAAGAUGAUCAAGGUGAUUUUAAUGAUGCUGAAUCUGGGAAAUGUGAUGCAAAGUGCUAUACAUUACCUUUGUUUAUUUCUUUUAUCUUUUCGACAAUUGUAUUUGCUGGUUUUUCUGGUAUACCAGGCAUUGUGGCCAUUCUCCGAAUUGUAUCUGAAGAACAACAUUCUCUGGCCUUGGGAGUGGCUUUUGUGAUUUUGAGAAUAUUUGGGACGAUUCCUGGACCAGUAAUUUUUAAAAUGGUAGGAGAAAGUUCUUGCACCUUUCGUGAUACUGGGACUUGUGGACGUGCAGGAAGUUGUUGGAUCUAUAACAAGACAAAAAUGGCCUACCUAUUGGUAGGGAUAUGUUUUCUUUGCAAAGGACUCACUAUCUUCUUUACUGCUGUUGCACUUUGCAUACACUCACGUCCUACUAAAAAAAACAGUAACAUGCUGUCUGCACCUGAUGACAGCAAGAGAGAAAGAAAAGGAAGGAGCUAA